AGUCACACUAUUCUCAUCUUUCUCUCUCUAGAUUAGCUUUCCUUUUGGAACACAGGAAGAAAUCACUAGAACGGUAUAUAAAAGACCGAAACUUGGAAACCGGAAAAGUAAUGGUUUUAGAGAGAAAAUACUUUACGGCAUUACGGGAAUGAACGUCAAGCAAGAUCUAGACCAGCCGCACAGCGACCAGAGCUCCGACCAUCCCCAGCCCCCCCAGCGCCGGCCUCGUGGCUUCGCAGCAGCAGCCGCCGCCGCAUCUGUGGCGGCUGGCGGUGCCGGAGGACCAUCGGCCGGCAAGGGCCGGAAGGAGAGGGAGAAGGAGAAGGAGCGGACUAAGCUCCGGGAGCGGCACCGCCGUGCUAUCACAAGCCGCAUGCUCGCCGGGCUCCGUCAGUACGGCAACUUCCCGUUGCCAGCGCGCGCCGACAUGAACGAUGUCCUCGCCGCCCUCGCCCGCGAGGCCGGGUGGGCUGUGGAUCCUGACGGCACCACCUACAGAACUUCUCCUGUCGCGCUGGUCCCCACUCCUCCUCCUCCCCCUCCGCCCGGGCAGCUGGCCCCUUUCCCUGUUAGAUCAGCGGAAAGUCCCUUAUCUGCCACUUCAUUGAAGAAUUGCCAUGCCAAAGCCUCUUUGGAUCAUCAAGCAUCUGUUUUCAGGAUUGAGGAAAGUUUAUCCCCUGCGUCCAUUGAUUCAGUUGUUGUUGCAGAAUCUGGUAUUAUCAAGAAUGAGAAAUAUGUAAAUCCCAGUCCGAUUAACUCACUGGAGUGUGUGGAGGCCGAUCAGCUGAUGCGGGACUCGGUGGAGCAUGAGGGUGGUUUCGUUGGAACUCCAUACAUUCCAGUGUAUGUAAUGUUCCCUACUGGCAUUGUCAACAGUUACUGCCAAUUAAUUGAUCCAGAAGCUAUACGACAAGAGUUGAGGCAUCUGAAGUCUUUAAAUAUUGAUGGUGUCGUUGUAGAUUGUUGGUGGGGAAUUGUUGAAGGCUGGAGCCCCCAUAAAUACCAAUGGUCUGGUUACAGAGAUCUUUUCAAUAUUGUAAAUGAGUUCAAGCUGAAAUUGCAGGUUGUGAUGGCAUUUCAUGAAUGUGGUGGAAAUGGAACGGGUGAUAUGCCCAUCUCCCUUCCUAAGUGGGUCUUGGAGAUUGGUAAAGACAACCAAGAUAUUUUUUUUACUGAUCGUGAAGGAAGGAGGAACACUGAAUGCCUCUCAUGGGGUAUUGAUAAAGAACGCGUAUUAAGAGGAAGGACUGGAAUUGAGGUCUACUUUGAUUUUAUGCGAAGCUUUAGGAUGGAAUUUGAUGACUUAUUUGGAGAUGGCCUCAUCGCAGCUGUUGAAAUCGGAUUAGGCGCUUCUGGGGAGUUAAAGUAUCCUUCAUUUCCAGAAAGGAUGGGUUGGAGAUAUCCUGGUAUCGGUGAGUUUCAGUGUUAUGAUAAAUACUUACAGCAGAAUCUACGUAGAGCAGCAAAGUUACGAGGCCACACAUUCUGGGCCAAGGGACCGGAUAAUGCUGGCCAGUAUAAUUCUAGGCCACAUGAAACUGGAUUCUUCUGUGAUCGAGGUGAUUAUGACAGCUAUUAUGGACGCUUUUUCCUUCGUUGGUAUGCACAGACCCUUAUAGACCAUGCAGAUCAAGUAUUGUCUCUUGCAAACCUUGCCUUUGAGGGAACACAGUUAGUCAUAAAGAUUCCAUCAAUUUAUUGGUGGUAUAAGACGACCAGCCAUGCUGCCGAGCUCACAGCUGGAUUUUAUAAUCCAACCAACCAGGAUGGUUAUUCUCCGAUUUUCGACAUGUUGAAGAAGCAUUCUGUGACACUGAAAUUUGUCUGCCCUGGGACGCAAUCUUCAGCUCAGGAACAUGAAGCAUUUGCGGACUCAGAAGGUUUGAGCUGGCAGGUUCUUAAUUCAGCCUGGGAUCGGGACUUAACUGUUUGUGGUCAAAAUUCUCUUCCAUGCUAUGACAGAGAGAUGUUUGUAAGGAUUCUGGAUACAGCAAAGCCAAAAAACAACCCGGAUCAUCGACAUCUUGCCUUCUUCACGUUUCAGCAUCUGUCCCCCAUCUUCAUGCAAAGGGAGAUGUGCUUGUUGGAGCUUGAUAAUUUCAUUAAAAGCAUGCAUGGGGAGCUGACGGCGUAUGUUGAAGCAUGAUCUCUUUGAAUCAUCACUAGUCACAUUUCUACACCGAGAGAACGAGUAAGUGUAUACAUAAGCGCUGCUGACAAUUUAAGAUAUACUUGGCCGGUUUAAUUGUGCCAUUCACUAUUUAUGUGCAUAAUUGCUGUUCUUUUCAUGCAAGUCAUAUUUACUAACGCUGGUAAAGUGAGCUUUUAAGCUUGUGAACUAGUUUUAAAAAAAAGUGAGGUUUUAAGCUUGCGAAAUAUUGUCUUUGGGUCAAUUUCGUUACUAAACCCCAAAUUGGACCCCUCGUAUCACUGAAAUAUGAGAAUGGUAUAUUUCUUGCA